AUGUCUUACGGCGGCGGCUACGGAGGCUCGCGCGGCGGCGGUGGAUACGGCGGCGGCGGCGGAGGAUAUGGCGGCGGAUCCAACGGGUACGACUACUACGGCGAUUACGAUUAUGGCUAUCGGGGUGGUCGCAGCGAUCGCGCAGACUCUGCUCAUGGGUAAGCGUGCGAUCAAGGCGCCAUCGUAGCCUGAGUAACGUCCUUAUAUCUCUUAUCACCCCUUCUCACACAUUCAGAAGUCGACAAUACUGACUCGAUUCUUUGCAGAUACGGCGGCGGUGGCGGCGGUGGAUACGGAGGCGGUGGCUACUCGAACGGCUCGAACGGCUACUCCGGCGGCGGCGGCGGCGGUGGCGGCGGUGGUGACCGCAUGUCCAACCUGGGCGCCGGUCUGCGCGAGCAGACAUGGGACUACAGCACUCUCCCCAAGUUCGAGAAGUCCUUCUACAAGGAAGCGCCAACCGUGGCAGCUCGCUCCGACGCCGAGGUCGCCGAGUUCCGCAAGAAGUACCAAAUCGACAUCAAGGGCAAGAACGUGCCAAAGCCUGUCGAGACUUUCGACGAGGCCGGUUUCCCACAAUAUGUCAUGAGCGAGGUCAAGCAACAAGGAUUCGAGAAGCCGACCGCUAUUCAGUCGCAGGGCUGGCCAAUGGCUCUUUCUGGUCGUGACGUUGUCGGUAUUGCCGAGACCGGUUCUGGAAAGACGCUCACGUACACCCUUCCCGCCAUCGUCCACAUCAACGCUCAGCCGCUACUGGCCCAAGGCGACGGACCGAUUGUCCUCAUUCUCGCGCCAACCCGUGAGCUGGCUGUUCAGAUUCAAGAGGAGGUCAGCAAGUUCGGCAAGUCAUCGCGGAUUCGAAACACUUGCGUCUACGGAGGUGUUCCCAAGGGUGGACAAAUCAGAGACCUCGCUAGAGGCGUGGAAGUCUGCAUUGCCACUCCCGGACGUCUCAUCGACAUGCUCGAGUCUGGCAAGACCAACCUCCGCCGCGUUACUUACCUCGUUCUGGAUGAAGCUGACCGCAUGCUUGACAUGGGUUUCGAGCCACAGAUCCGCAAGAUCAUCGGUCAAAUUCGCCCUGACCGCCAGACGUGCAUGUGGUCUGCCACUUGGCCAAAGGAAGUCCGCCAGCUUGCCGCCGAUUACCAGAAGGAGUGGAUCCAGGUCAACAUCGGAUCUCACGAGCUUGCCGCUAACCACCGCAUCACCCAGAUUGUCGAGGUCUUGUCCGACUUCGAGAAGCGUGACCGCAUGCUCAAGCACAUGGAGCGCAUCAUGGAGAGCCGCGAGAACAAGAUCCUCGUCUUCACUGGCACCAAGCGCAUUGCCGAUGACAUCACCCGCUUCCUCCGCCAGGACGGCUGGCCAGCGCUCUCAAUCCACGGCGACAAGCAACAGAACGAGCGCGACUGGGUCCUCAACGAAUUCAAGACCGGAAAGAGCCCAAUCAUGGUUGCCACCGAUGUGGCUUCCCGUGGUAUCGGUAUGAUUACUACCCACUCACACCCCUCCCUCCCCCCCCCCCUCACCCAUUGCCCCCUUCCCUCCUCUCGCUCGACAUUGUGAGAUCUGUCCUGCCGCUGCUGCACUCCGUGCGCUCGGCGUGCACAUAUAACCUUCACAUCUAGGGCUGUCAGUGUUCCCUUGUUUCAAAGGGGUCCUUGGAGACUUUCGACGGCGAAGCCUCGCUUUGCCGUGCCUCUCCGUUUCUCUGCCAUUGUCCUUUGCCAGUAGAGAAGCGGACCACGAGUCUUUCAAUGUUGCGUUGGUGUAACAGCUGCGCGCGUCCAAGGAUCCUCCCCGGAGCAUGAUCACGGCCCACCAGAUUUGUGUUGUAGAUGUGCGCGCUUGGGCCCGAAGCGUUUCGGUCUCCCGUUUACGCAAAGGUUGUCGCAAAUUUGCGCACCAGACAGAUCCGCAUCCGGCAAAGGAUUGCUAUUGCUCGCUCCACUCACCCAUCACUGACAGUAUUCCACUAACAUUUCUGCGUCUGAAGACGUCAAGGACAUCACUCACGUGCUGAACUACGACUACCCGAACAACUCGGAGGACUACGUCCACCGUAUCGGCCGUACUGGUCGUGCCGGUCGCAUGGGUACCGCCAUUACCCUCUUCACUACUGAGAGUGAGUACUCCUACAUCUCAUGACCAUUCUGGGCCCUUCUGACAGUUUGCAGACUCCAAGCAGGCUCGUGACUUGGUCAACAUCCUCCAGGAGGCCAAGCAGCAAGUCGAUCCCCGUCUUGCUGAGAUGGCUCGCUAUGGCGGUGGCGGUGGUGGAGGAGGCCGUGGUGGAUGGCGUGGCGGACGUGGAGGUGGUGGAGGUGGACGUGGUGGCUGGACUGGCAGCAACACCGCGCCGCUCGGGGGAAGCCGUCGUUGGUAA